AUGGUGAAGGAGAAGAAGUGCUCUCUUGGUGAAGUCCAUGCAGUUACUUUUCAAGUGGGUCAAAAGUAUAAAAGUAAAAAGGAAAUUAAGGACAAAGUCAACAAACUUGCCAUUGAGACUAGAAGGAAUAUUGGCUUCAAGAAAAAUGACAAACAAGGCUUAGGGUUGUGUGUAAAGGUAAUGUUAAAAGUUAAUGAUUAUUGGUAUGUGAAAACUUUACUGGACAAACAUACUUGUGAUCAAACUAGAAAACUUAGGGCUUGCACUAUGAAGUAUAUAUCCGUAGAAAUCUUAUACAUGGUGGAGUCUAACCCUACAGUACCCCUGCGAAGCAUUCAAGACCAUGUUCAGAAGAUGCUUCAAGUUGGUGUGUCCAUACAUAAAGUACACAGGGAAAAAGCAACAACCACAAAGCAAGUGACUGGUGACUACACGAAGCAAUACGAGGUGUUAAGAGAUUAUCUUAUGGAACUACAACCCACUAAUGUGGGUACAAGUGUGAAGCUUGAGGUUGUUAAUGAGCCUAAUAGUGCUAUUGAAACAUGGCAAUUUAAAAGGGUGUAUAUUUCCUUAGGGGAAUUAAAGAAAGGGUUUAAAGCAGGCUUAAGAGAUAUUCUCGGACUAGAUGAUGAUUUUAUCAAAGAUCCAUUUCCAGGCCAAGUACUCACUACAGUUGUAUUGGCUUCAAACAAUGGCAUAUACCCACUUGCAUAUGCCAUUGUUGAGACUGAAAAUAUGAGUAGUUGGAAAUGGUUUCUAGAAUGCUUAGGAGAUGACUUAGAGCUGUACUAA